UUUGUAAGUUUUAUUCUCUCCACUGAUUUUAUUUCCCACCAUAUAUAUACACAAACCAUACAAAAAAAACAACCAAAAAUAAAAUCUAAAAAUCUUCUUCUUGUUGAUGGGAAUCUGCAUCUCCUUAGAUUCCCUAACACCUCAAAACCCUCGAUGGAGAUGAGCCGUGAUCGGGCCGUGACACGACCAUGUUUUGGGCUGAGAAGCGGCGGUUUUGCGGCGGCGAGGGUUAUGGUUUCUUCAGCGUAGUAGGAUCCGAUCUAGUUUGUGAAAUGGCGGAGAAUAGCGAAUCAAGGGAGGACGAGUGGUUGCAGCUCAGCAUCGGAAGGCAAGAUCUCGGGAAGAAUAACGGGCCGGGCUCGGGCCUCGUCAAGCUUGACCUCAUGCCUAGUAGCAGCACCAACAACCACUCACAAAUGAGGCCCGAAUUUCGGCCGCCUCGGCCCGUUACAAAUUUCGGGUCGCCGUCUUAUUUUGGGAGGCUGGAUUUCAGGGUGGUGGCGCAGCCGAGGAGGCCGCAUUCGGGCGUGUGGUUUAUGCUUCAAGCAUUGAACAAUCAGGAAAAAGAGUCAUUUCUUCCCCAGAUAUCCAAAAGCUACUUGAGAAUCAAGGAUGGGAGGAUGACGAUUCGAGUGGUGAUAAAAUACCUUGUUAAAAAGCUUAGCUUGGAAAAUGAAUCAGAGAUAGAGAUAAGAUGCAAAGGACAAAAGCUUUCACCUAUGUUGACAUUGCAACAUGUAAGAGAUAACAUUUGGAGUAGCCCAAGAGAUUUCAUCACUUUGCUUCCUACCUCAACAAUUCAUCACAUUAUGGUGCUUCACUAUGCUAGAACCGACCCCUCUAAUUAAAUAUUCGACCCGACCCAAUCUGACCCGACUCGACUCGACUCCGUGCUCGAUUUUAACUUUAAAUGAUCAAUCCAAGUACUUUUUCCUUUUUCUUCUCAUUUUUUUGUUUAAAUUAUUAUUUUCUAUUCCAAUAGUACAAUACUAAUACUAAUGAAGAAUAGGUGCUCCCACUGAAGAAGAAAACCCACCAUGUAAAAUGUGUUGGGCUUUUGCAAGUUGUAUCUUUGGAAUUUCAUUAAAUCUCUUAUAGCCAAUUUGAUUAUACAGAUUUGGUGUUUCAUUAAUUGGACUAAUGUAACUUCU